GAAUAAUUUUGCUUGACGCUCAUUCACCAGAUAGCAUCAUAGUCCAAAACGAAACUCAAUAUUGUUUUGAGAGAGACAGUAUAAAAUUUGGCUUUUGAAAUGUCAGACUUUACUAGCACAUUUUACACACAAUUAUCGUCUAUAAUGGAAACGUUAACGAAAGCAGCGUUGGCGGAUAUUGUUAAACUUGUUGAUGAUGGCGCUGCCGUGUUGCGCUUGGAAAUAUCUCAGACUCAGAAGAUGAACACGACACUUAAAAGGAAGCUGGAGCUGAUGGAGAGCGAGCUGAGGAAGGGCCGAGGGCGCGGAGGGAGCUGCGGCCGUCGCUCCUUUGGGGUUCAGGUUGGCGAUGAAUCGGGAGGGACGGACGGAGUGGAGAGAGAGCUUGGAAGUGACUGGAGCCUCCAAUUAUGGAGAGGAAAAGAGGAAUUGCCCAUUCUAGAGGAGUCAGGCCUUGGACUGUACAAGGUGGUGGAUGCUGACAAGAACAGGUCUGAGAUGAUUGCCGUGGAGGAGAAUGAAGUGCGGACUGCGUGGGACAGUGUCCCAGGGGUGGGUCUGGGCAUGAAAGGAGAAACUAGGUGGAUCCAGCCGUCGGAAACGUACGGGGAAGGGGAGCCCAGGACAGCAUUUGAACGGUGUGAGAGAUGGCAUGAAACACAGCUUCGGGGGGGUCCGACUGAGCUGCUCCGCUCAGAACAUCAGGACGAGGAAGCCAGUGGACGAGAGUUUCAGGAGGAGGCCUUGGGAGUGAAGGACAGUAUAGGCAUUGAGGAGAACCGAACAGGAGCGCUCCUGGUGAAGGAGGAGACCCAUGCUGAGGAGAUGUGUGACGCCGUACCGCCGGAUGGGCUGAAAAGACUGAAGGUUAAAGAAGAAAGUAGGUGGAUCCAGCCACUGGAGAUGUGUGACACUGUGGAGCCAGGUGCUAACAGCAUGAAGAAGCCAGCCUUUGGAGACCAGCACUGUGAGAUGGAGCAUAAAGCAGAGACCACUAAUAAUCCACGGCAUCCAAGCAUGCAGUACCGGCCAGGUCACCAAGAGGAGGAAACUGAAGGUCAGGUGAAGGUCUUGCAGGGAAAAGAGGAUUUGGCCCAGAAUCAGCUUAUCCAGCAGCAUCACACAUUAGCGGAGUUCCCGGGAUCAUAUGAGGACACAGUGUUUGACUCACACCUUCCAGACACUGACGGAUAUACCCUGUCUGGCAAGAAUUUGCAGAAGGAUAAUCACAGUGAUGUCGGCUGGGUCGCGAGCACAAGGCAGUUUGUCUGUGUGCAGUGCGGUAUGAGUUUCACACAUAAGCGUAGUCUCUACCAACACGAGCGAACUCACACUGGAGAAAGACCCUUUAAAUGUCCCCAGUGCUGCAAGAGUUUCUCUCAUCGCAAUAAUCUUUACCGCCACCAGCGCAUCCACACGGGAGAGAGGCCGUACGCUUGCGGUACGUGCGGCAAGACUUUUUCGCAGCCAAAUAAUCUUAAGAGGCAUCAGGCGGUUCACACUGGAGAGAAGCCGUUCCACUGCUUCUAUUGUGGGAAAAAAUUUGCUCUUCUCUUUUACCUAAAAAUACAUUCCAAAAUUCACGAAAAAGUGAGCGUAUAAAAAGGAGGCAAUUGUGUGAGAAACUGUGAGGUGUUUCAUAUUUAACAAAAUAAACCAGUAUCCUUUGCCUUU